CCCGCCGUGCGUGCCCCACCGCCCUGGAAAUCGAAAUAUCUCCCUGCACUUUUCCGUGCGCUUUUCCUUCUGGCCAACAGGAAAACCUGAGCCUUUUACCUCCCCCGCUUUCCCCUCCCCCUCGCCCGUCGUCGCCUCCCUGCCAAGAACAGAGCGAGGAAGCUCCUCGGAAUCCAUCCGUCCGUCCAGCCAUGGCAACAAAGCUGAUGCAGAAGUUUGUGGACUCGUGCGACGACGGCGGCGACGCCGGCCAGCAGGACGCCGGCUGCGUGCGCGCCGUGCUGGCCGAGCUCGUCCUCACCUUUCUCUUCGUCUUCACCGUCGUCUCCGCCGCCAUGGCCGCCGGAUCUGGUGUGAAGGCAGGCGAGGCCAUGCCGAUGGCUGCGCUGGCGGCGGUGGCGAUCACGAACGCGCUCGCGGCGGGGGUGCUGGUGACGGCGGGGUUCCACGUCUCCGGCGGACACCUGAACCCGGCGGUGACGGUGGCGAUGAUGGUGCGGGGCCACCUCUCCAAGCUCCGGACCGUGCUGUACGUCGCCGCGCAGCUGCUGGCAUCCUCCCUCGCCUGCAUCCUCCUCCGCUACCUCACCGGCGGCAUGGUGACCCCGGUGCACGCCCUGGGCGCGGGCAUCCGGCCGAUGCAGGGCCUGGUGAUGGAGGUGAUCCUCACCUUCUCCCUCCUGUUCGUCACCUACGCCAUGAUCCUGGACCCGCGGAGCCAGGUCCGCACCAUCGGCCCGCUGCUGACGGGGCUCAUCGUCGGCGCCAACAGCCUCGCCGGCGGCAACUUCACCGGCGCGUCCAUGAACCCGGCCCGGUCCUUCGGGCCGGCCCUGGCCACCGGGGACUGGACCCACCACUGGGUCUACUGGCUCGGCCCGCUGCUGGGUGGGUCCCUCGCCGCGGUCGUCUACGAGUCACUGUUCGUGGUCAACAAGACGCACGAGCCGCUGCUCAAUGGGGACUGCUGACGAUCAGGCCCGGCAAUGGGCUUACAUACAUGAUAUAUAUAGAUAUUAUAUUGGCCAAGGUAAUUAGAGAGGGUUGUUGUAAAAUAGUUCCAGUGUGGAACUUGUUGGAUGUACAAAUUGUUGAUGGGCUUUUAAGGGCAGUAUUCUUUGUUUCUUUUUUUUCUCCAUGUGAAGGGCUUCUUUUUUAAGAGGGCUCUGUCAAAUGAAUUGUUAAGGCUAUUAUUAGUUAGCCAUGUAAAGAAAAUUUGUACUAUCAACUUGUUGGAUGCAAGGGAUUUUUCUAGUUAAAUUGUAUACGAAGGUACUUCUGUUUUUGAGAAGAAAUUGGAAUCA